CAACUGGUUGACCUCUUGACCUCCAGGAGAAAGCAAGAUGGCGGCGUCCUUGUUCGGAGCUACUUUGGGCAUUUCUCCCGGAUCAAUGUCGAUUACUUUGUCAUCUAGAUCGAGUGGAAUAUUAGACACAUUUAAUAAACCACUGAGACAGAGAUGUGAAGAGAUUGCAGACUUUAUUCAUAAACUAUCAAGCAAGGAGCUGCAUGUUGUAUAUCAACCACUUCUAGAAAACAUCUUUGGAUAUAACCAGAAUUUCGGAUGGGGGCUACAGACUGUCAGUCAGCAAUCUUCUCGAGAGGAUUUUCAUAUCAUAAAAGAGUUUUUAGCUCCAAGAGGUCCUCUUAUGACCAUGGUAUAUAAACUGCAAGUAGAUGGCAUAUUCAGAUAUGAGUUUCCUGUGUCAUGUUUACCGGCUCCAACUAGAGACGCCUUACUGGAUGGAGCUAUGCCUGGUUUCUAUUUGAAUAAGCUGAGUUACCAGACCCAGGGUAGACCCCCUGUCUCAGUCCUCCUCAAUGCCUUUGAAUAUUUCAUGUAUAGUUUUGCAUAUCUUAUAAUUUUUCGACAUAAGCAACAGAGUCAACAACAGUGGGUAGAAUCAGAAGAUUGGCUGUAUCCCCGUCUUCUCAGUGACUACUUGCAUUACUUCUUGCCAAUUGAUGGCACCAGUCUACCCUUGACUCCCUUCACUUCAAGCACUCAGGUAUCCAGCCACCAGGGUCACUCACCAUCUUACAGGGUUCCUCAAUACGGCGUACUCUAUCAAUAUUUGUACUCCAGUGAGUUACAGCACAACCAACUAUUCCGUAGUGAGGUCACUGGUAGUAAACAUCGUCAACCUUUACUCAAUCUCAACCAAUCAUCACAGAUGGAGUCAGGUAGUAGAGAAACAUGGCGUAGUGAGAUACUUCUACAAGCAUUGGGAGAGCUCUGGUUAAAUCAGAAUAUGCUACAAUCAAAACAAGGAUUCAGGCAACACGUUAGGGAGAACUACAUUCCUAGCUCAGAUCAUGUGAGGGUGGUUCGAAUCCUGGUGAAGCAUCUACAUUUCUUUGUGAAUUCAGCGCGGCCACCAUUAUCACUAUCUGCAUACCAACAUCCUGAACAAGACCAACUGGAAGAAUUCAAGAGAUAUGUGAUUCCACAGUUCAUCAAGAAAAAAUUGUACGUAUUUCUACGACAUGGAUUUGACAACUGGCCUCUGGAUUCAACCUUUAGACAGAUGUUGGAGGUUUGGUUGAGCUAUAUCCAGCCAUGGCGCUAUGUAGAUCAAUCUGGAGAAACAGAAAGAUCUCCAAGAGGUCCAAUGAGAGAAACUCAGAAGGACAAACCAAUACAAGAAGAAAGAUGGUUAAAGUUCAUCUCAAGCAAUCUCAUGUUCUACACGGUGCUAUUCCAGGAAUUUUUGCCCAGGGCAUUCCGUCAAGACUUGACUAGCCCUAAAAAUGCCAUUGUAUUAUUCCGUGUUGCUAAGGUUCUUGCACAGAGCAAUCUUGCUAUGGUUCUCCAAGAAGCCGAGAGAAGUCUUUAUGAGGAUUAUGGUUCACCACAUCAUGGCCACUCUGCUUCAUAUGGAAGUAGUUUCCUGACCCCUAAGCCUAAUCCAUCUGUACCUGACUUGGGCUCCCAAGUAGCUGAGCUUGAGACCCCUGGAUUCAUGUAUACACUACUGUACAGCAAUGAUGUCAAAGCUCUGAUUGAGAGAUUGUUACAGAAUGUUCACCAAGCUCAGAUCACAGUAUCCAACUUAAGUUACACACCGGUCACCAAUGAUGGAGAGGGCUUCUUGUCUUGGUUUUCACAAAGUACCUUCAGUGACCCUAGAAGUCAAAGGUUACAGGGUCAUCUUCAGCUGCAGGAUGAUAUUGGUCCAGUAGACACCAACAAGUUGUGUAGAUACUUGGAAUAUACAAAGGAUUAUCUCUCCAAAGUGUUUCAGGUAAAUGCACCGUCACUACUUGAAGAGUCAAUAAAUGGUGGAUCCAAUGGGAGUACAGCCAUUAACGAGAAUGGCCAACCACCACAUUGUGUCAAUGGACAGUUGAGUCCAAAGGGUCGCUUCCAGAUGAUGAAUAAACUACGCAAGUUUGAGAUCGCGUACCGAGGUGACCCUGAGCUUCAGCCAAUCAGAAGCUUUGAAAAUGCGUACCUUGUUCGCAAGCUGUAUGCACUCUCGUCAAACUUUAACACUACGUUUGGUGAUAAAGUCUCUGAGGUGUAUCGUCGAGCAGAUUUCAGUGGAGCUUUAGCUAAGCAGAUCUUCACUGCACCUCCAUCAAUCCCAACCCAUAGACAGACGGCCAUUCCAACGCCCCCAUACCGUGCCUCCCCUCAACAACAAACAUGCAAUCCAAGAUUGAGUCUUCGUUUUCUAGCUAAUUACUACACUCUAGCUAAGCUGGUACUGCUCUCGCUGAUUCUUUGGUUAUUUAUUGGCUUUGGACCUACUGGAAUAUUACUCACGCUAGUGUUCUUGACUGUGCUCUACAUCUUUUUCAGCGGGGUGGUGUACACAGUUAGACAACAUUCACACACACAUGAGCAUAUUGAAUAAUAUACAAGCACAUGGUGCAGCCAACAUGGAUUCAGUUCGGCUAUAAACCAUUAUAGACUUGACUCAUUGUUGUACCUAUAAUGACUACCAAGGAGAACCCAGUCAAAUGUCGGAUGGAUAAAGUGUGUAUUUACACCAAUGAAGGACUUGGUAAACUCUAGUUUGGAAUCAGUACUCUACUGGGUACAAUGUAUGUUUCACAAUUGUCAUCAUGGAGGACUUUGACAAAUUGAAUUAGUUGGCUAAACCUAUAAGUACAUUGUAAAUUGACUUGUGGAAGACUUGGUCAACUUUAAUCAUAAAUUGCAGGGUUGAAACAAUACAUCAGUAAAUGUUCACAUCUAAACAGGGUUGAAAUAAUAAGUUGCAAUAUUUUGCACUGCGUUUAAUUUCAACACUGCAUGGUAAAAAGGGAAGUUGAAAGUUAUACUGGUAAAUAAAUACUUGUCUAAACAUAAAAUCACACUAUGUGUCUUGGCAAUGAGGUUUUGAUUAAAAUACACUAGGAAAAGUUGUAUCAAAAAGAGUCAAGAUCUUUGUAUACAAAGUGCUGUCUUGUAACCAUUUCAGUAAAAAAUUUCAUCUUGUUAUGAGGUGUUCCAGAAAAUGCAACGAUGUACACACAAACCGAGGUAUACACAUGCAAGUCACUCAAUACUGACACGCAAACUAAGAAUGAAAAUUGUUACAACACUUUUAACAAUAAACAAGUUUUGUUCUCAGUGUAUUGAAAGUUUUGAUGUUAAUCAAUCCAUGAAGUCUAGGCUAUCUGAGGAUUAAAGUACAACUUUUUGUUUAACAUGUACAUCCAUGAAGAUCAUAUCUCAAAAGUAUGCCAUCUCAAUGUUGCAACUGUCCAUUACAGUUCAAAAUUAUACAUAAAGAUAUUGGAACACACUUCUAAUGUGAUAAGUCAAUUGAAACACUAUUUUCAAACAAGUAUUACCCUGUCUCUCAGUUGUUUAAUGAUUUUUUUCAAACUUUUAUCUGUGGCAUCCAUCAAGUUAGCCGUCAUAUAAACCACAAAGUAUAUGUCAUGUAACGA